AUGGACAACAUCUAUCCCAGAAUUAUCGCAACUCAACGAUGGCAGAACCAAAAGAGACUAAGGAAAAUAUUGAAGAAAUUGGCCUGCCAACAUUGCAGAAAGAUACGAAGAAAAUGUGACACAGGUUCACCAUGUGCUAACUGCAUGAAGUUUGAAACGGAAUGUGUAUACACAGGCCAUGAUUUAAGAAAGGCAAGGUAUUCCAACUCUUACGUAAAGGCACUAGAAGAACAUAUCGCACUUUUGGAGAAAUCAUUCAAAGAUUUAAAAGAAACCACAGACGAUGACGAGAAGAAUAAAAUCUUGAACUCUCUACCCUUGGAUAAUAUUAUGCCGAAUGAUCUUCAACCUUCACCUUCACCUUCAUCCACGUUACAAAUUCCUUUAUUCAAUAAUUCCAGAAUCCCAUCCGCAGUAACUCUUCCCUCAGUUGGUACAAACAGUAUAUAUCCAUCAAAUUCAUUAUCUAUUACCAAGAAAAAGACACCCACAGACCAACAAUUACAAACAAAAUCCACUUUGGAAAAUUUAUCAAAGGACCCACUGAUACUGGAGGCAUUCUCUUUAUUUUUCAAAUGGUUAUACCCAGGUCAUUUCAUGUUCAUUCACAGAGAAACCUUUUUAAGUGCAUUCUUUAACAUGGAAGAUACCAAGAGUUAUUAUUGUUCAGAAGAGUUGGUGUACGCAAUAGCUGCGUUGGGUGGUCAGAUAUCGAAGAAAUCAGAAAAGUUAUACGCCAACAUGGACGCUUAUUAUCAAAGAGCAAAAUUAAUUGUCCUGAAAAAAAUCUUCCAAUUGGAUGACAAGACUUUGGAGGAAUCCACAUCUUCAUCCAAAUUAGCCAUUAUUCAAACUUUACUAUGUCUUGCAUUUUAUGAUAUCGGUAUAGGUGAAAAUCCAAUGGCUUGGUACCUCUCUGGGCUAGCCUUUAGAAUUGCUCAUGAAAUUGGUCUCCAUUUGAAUCCAGAAGCAUGGAGUCACGUUUAUGAGGAUGAGCUUUCCGUCAUCGAUACCAAAGUGAGAAGUAGAAUUUAUUGGGGAUCUUACAUUGCGGAUCAUUUAAUUGCCAUAUUAUUCGGUAGAUCAACUACUUUAAGAUUAUCGAAUUCAACGGUCCCGGAAACAGAUGAGCUGCCCAAUAUUGAAAAUGGGUUGGAAGAUUAUAUUUAUGACAAGAACGCAGUAUCGACCAUGUCCAACCCAUUGAAGAAAUUAAUAGUCUUAUCCAGAAUUACUGAAGUGUUUGCGGGAAAGAUUUUCAUUCAAAGUGAAUCACUACGACGUCGUAGUGAAUAUUUAACCAAAUUUAAUCUCGAAAUGUAUCACUGGCGAAGAGAUUUACCUAAAGAUUUACGUUGGUCGAAGAAAUCUUUAAAAGUGAUGGAAGAUUUUAAUCCGUCCACUACGUAUAUUUGGUUCCAUUAUUAUAUGGUUCUGAUAUCUUAUAAUAAACCAUUCAUUGCAGAAUUAGAUCCAAGUAGGGAUCUAAUAGAAGAAUACAUUGAAGAGUUGCAUUAUUUGUUGAUUGUUUGGAAGAAUAAAUUUAAAACAUUUGAAAAGUGUAAUCUGUAUUUGGUCUACUUAAUUAUCCUGGCAAUCCAAUGUAUGAAUACAGAUUUAAUUAAGAAGGAUCAUUAUACAGAAUUCAUUGAUUUCUUAAAUAAUCCAACAUUGAAUUAUGAAUUGGCUAAGAAAUUUAUUGAAAAUUCAAAUAAUACAAAUAAUAACGAUGUCAAUACAGAUACUAUUGAUUUACUAGGUUCACUUUCCUAUGGUACUGAUUUUGCAUUAGAGUAUAAUUUCGAUUUCACGUUGUUAAAUGAAAUCGAUAUGUUAAUUGGUGGAACCACACAUGGAGUAGGAAACCAGCAGGGGAUAGAGUAG